AUGUCCGACAAGCAGAGUGUUUUGAAAGUCUCCAACGAUCUACUGAUCUGUACUGCCUGUGGCACUCAGUACUCUGCCACAGACAGAGCAACCAAGACCGAAUGCCAAAUAUGCGAUGACCCUCGACAGUACGUUCCCGCCGGGGGACAGAACUUCACAACUCUUCACGACCUAACUCUGCACCAUCGCAACAUCUGGUGGCAAGACCCUCACCACCCGCAAGUAUUCUCCGUGCGUACAGUCCCAGACUUCGCUAUCGGCAAUCGUGCCGAGCUCAUUCGCACUCCACAAGGCAACGUGCUCUGGGAUCUCAUUCCCUUGCUUGACCAUACGACUGUCACUCUGAUCCAAGCUCUCGGAGGCUUGGACGCCAUCGUGAUUUCCCAUCCACACUACUACUCUUCCUGGACGGACUGGUCUCGGACAUUCAAAUGCCCGGUCUACGUUGGAGCGCCAGACAAAGAGUGGCUGCAGAGAACGGACACCGAGGGAGCUGAUAUCCGAUUCCUAAACAACCAAUACACGCUUAUCCCAGUGGGAGGCAGGACCGACGUCGGCAUCACUGCCAUCCUAGCGGGAGGGCACUUUCCAGGCUCUUUGAUGCUGCACUACCAGGACCUGCUUUUCGUGGCAGACACUGUCCUUCCGUCCCCUAGCGCCACGGACCCGAUUCCUGGAAGGCCAGGAAAGACGAGCUUCAGCUUCUUCUACAGCAUUCCCAACCGCAUUCCUCUCGCGCCAAAAGACAUCUUGUACAUCUGGCGCUGCGUGGAGAAGUUGGAGUUUCAAACAGUGUUUGGGGCUUUUGAGGGCAUGGACGUGUAUACGGCCGACAAUGAGAAGGAGCGCAAGACGGGAGGUGUCAAGGGACGGCUGCUGGAGAGCUGCAAGAUUUUUGUCAGGGGCGCUGGCUGGAGGAAGGGGGAUGCCGAUGUUGGGAUACUGUCCAUCCAGAUUUGA